AACCUGAUGCUGAUGAACAGAGAGAGAGAGAGAGAGAGAGAGAGAGAGAGAGGGGAGAGUUUGGGGUUUGGGGCAGAGGGACAGACAGAGAGACACGGAGCCACUGGAGAGAUGCUGAGCGUACGCUGAGCUGAAGAUCAGACAGCAGGUACAUGAAUGAACUCAAAAUGACACCGAUGAGAAUCGUGCUGUUCCUGUGGUGUCUCCUCUGCCUGUGUGUGUCAGUGAGGAGUGUGUCAGAACUGUGUAAAGGUUCUCGCUGCUUAGAGUUGGGAGAGUCCAGACCAUGUUCAGGGUCACAGUGUGGCUCAGGCAGAUCAUCCAGACCAGCACGUCAACACAAUCCAAUAACACAUAGCAGAUCGACCCCAACCCACCAACUUGGAGUCUCACACCUUUCUUCACCCGACAUGCUGGAGUCACACACAGCUUCUCAUUCUCACACUCACACGAGGGAAAGGAUGCGGACUGCCGAGGCUGCAGGUCACACGUGCACUGGAGCGGAUUGUGUUACCACUAAAAGACCACCGCAGGCCAUUAAUGAUACACGAGAGUGCAGGGGGCUGGAGUGCAGACUGCCUUUAAGGAUCAGAACCAAGCCCAGAGUGAGGUUGUGCCCUCCAGACGGCUGCGGACCUGGCUCAGACGACGCUCCUGUGCACGUUCCGGACAGAGCUGCUCAGUUUCUGGGGGAAUUUCCGGAUAUCGGAUAUCCUUCGUCGGAACUUGGAGGCGCACCGCUGGGAGUUCAACUUACAUGUGACAUCAAACCAGGAGAGAACGAAGUUCCGUCAGAGGAUGCCCUUGUCCUGCACCUGCAGCUCUCGAAAGGCCAGGAGAAGCUGGUGGAGGCUCUACGGGCUCAGCAGUUGGUGAUCCGUGACCUGCAGCAACGCCUGGAGGAGCAGCAGGGAGCGCUUCUGGCCCAGCAGCGUGAGAUCCUGGAGCAGCAGCGGCGCAUGUACGAGCAGAUGGACGUGGUGAAGACGCAGUACGGCAUGCUGUCGGAGACCGUCAAGCAGGUGUCCUUUCAGGGCCUGCAGGGGGAGCUGCAGAGUUAUUUGGAAAGCCAGCUGGCAGGCGUGCAGAGCCAAGCUCGCAGCCACCUGCAGAAGUCGUAUGCCGUGCAUAAAACGGAUGCCAAGCUGAUGGACGUGACCGGGGACACGGAUCACGCUCUUCUCGGCUGUCGCAGCGCAUGCGGCCCCGAAGAGUACUGCAAUUUUCAAAUGCAGCCGCCGCAGUGUCAACAGUGCACCAUGUGUCCACCUGGGUUCUUCCUGGUGUCUCAGUGCUCACCCAAUGCUGACAGGAUUUGCCAGGACAGAGACGAAUGCCUGGAAAUCCCAACUGUCUGUGGAGAGAGAGUGAAAUGCCUCAAUACACCAGGUGGCUUCCGGUGCUUGGGCGUAUCUGAAAGAGAGAUCUCUGCAGGCCUGUGUGGUCAUGAGUACUUCUACAAUCAGGAGCUACAGGAGUGCCAAGCAUGUUCAGAUUGUGACGGGGAACCCGUAGCUGUUCCGUGUAGCACCAUGAGUGAUGCUGUGUGUGGAGUAAUCUCUGAAAAUACGUUCUCUCAAUCCUGGUCUGCAUCAGUAACAUUACCCUCGGCUCGAUCAAAAAGCAGCGCCGUGUUUCCAGGUCUGCAGCUGAGCGUGAUAGGAAAGGAGAGAAGUGAGCUUCUGGUUAGUCAUGAUGGUUCCAUCAGCCUCCAUCAACAUGGUCUGCUCUGGUUGGAUCACAACUUUGCCUUGAAGCACAGCUGCCGCAACUUCCUGCAGGUUGGUGUGAGACUUAGUGGCAGCAGCGAGGAGGAAGGUCGUGACCUCAGUGGUGUACGGGUGGAGCAGCCAGAAAGGAAGCACUUUCAGGGUGUGAGUGUGAGUGCAGUGGCUGAGGUGGAGCCUAACCAGACUUUGUGGUUACUGCUCAAGAGCCCAAACCAGCACUGCAACCAGAGCAAGGAGCUGCAGCUUUACGAGCUUGGAUCUUCUGCUUUCAGCCUGCUGUGGCUGUCACAUGACACUGGGGCUGUCGCUAUGACUGCUCAGACAUCCACGGCACCUCAUUACCAUGGUAACUACCGGCCAUCUUUUCGUGUUGCUACCGUCUCUGACCCCUAUGUAGUGGCAUUGACUCAUGACAAUCGCGGAAUUCGCUUCACUGAGCGAGGCAUUGUCAAGUUUGUCCUGCAGCAGGCACUCUAUGCCAUGGGCCACUCGUGCGUCCGUGAAGGCUUCUCCCUAGUCACAUACAUUAAUGCAAAUGGGACCAACCAGGAAGUAAUGCGCUCGUUUAAAUCAGGGGUCAACUAUCGGGACACCUCUAUCACCUUGUCUGCUACUACCAUUGUGGAUUCGGGUGACUGGCUAAACUUUGAGAUCCUCACCCCGUCACAGUGCAAUGUCCGAUACUUUGGAGACAGCUCUGGAAUUAGCAUGCUAAGUCUGCUCUGGAUUCCUGCUGCCAUUUCCUCAUCCCUAAUGGCCACCGUGUCCAGGACAGGACUUCCGUCUGGAGCUGUGAGGAACAAACCUUUGUUGUUUCAGCAGGUUGGUCCAGAUGCCGAACACAUUCGGCUUGCUGGCACAGGACAACAACACCCACAGAGGAAUUUUGUUUUCCAAGAAGCUGGGACAGUCAAUGUGGCUCUCAGUGUCAAGCUCAUCCACUCGUGCAAUGUGGUGAAGCUGGUGUUACACCAGCAAGGCCAGGACAGGACAAAUUCGGUUCCUUUGGCACAGCAGGUUGGGGGUCAGAUGCCCGAGGGUAGCGAGUGGACCAGUGUUGGAGUUAGAUCAUCAUUCGAGGUGCAGAACGGCACAGCCAUUUACAUCACCCUGGACUGCGUACGUGGACGCAUCAAUCAAAUCACACAUGACGAAGGCGCCAACAUUUCCAUCCUCUGGGUGGCUGCAUAACGCCUGGAUUCCACGGCUUCUCAUUCAUGAUCUUGUCAGGAACAGGUGCUUUCAGUAAAUCAUGGCUUGUAUUGUAAUAUGCAGAGAAAAACGAGGUACACUAUGGAAUAAAUCCCUAAACUAUGGUUGCAAUGCAGCACCAUUUACAAUGGAAAGGAAUAGUAUAAAAAGAAAACGGUGCUUUUUUGAGAAAUGUGGUCUGACCUAAAUGGAACAAAUGGGUGAAUAUUUUGGAUAUUUUGGAAAAUCAUUUUGGAAUAUGAUAUCUACAGAGUGUCCCAAAAGCCUCUUAAAACUUAACACUUUUUUAGCAACUUUAUUUACAAAAUUUACAUCCUGUAUUUGAUUGGCUCCCAGUUUGGCAACAAGUUAGUGCCUGCUAUGCUUCCUUGUGACAGCGUCGAGUUCAAACCAUUAGAAUGAGGGAUUGAGGGGUGAGGGAUUUUUAAAAGCUAAGAACAAUUUUGGAAGCCAUUUUGUUUAAAAAAAGAGUGUAAAUUUCGUCAUUUGUAAAGAGACUUUUGAGACACCCUGUAUAACGAGAAGGUGCUAUUUAAUUUGAGUUAUAGCCUCUGUUUGUUUGUUUGUCGUUUAUGUUUAUUUCGGUGGUGUGUGUUUAUCCAUUGUUUUGUGUCUUUUGCUUAAAUUCGAAUCGAUUUCUGAACAAAAAGUACGGAUUGCUUUCCAAGUACUUCGGCUGGUUGAGCAGUGACCAAUUUUUAUUGAGGGAAUGAACCUUUAGAUUCUGUUUAAAUGUUGAGAUGAUUGUGUGUGUGUGUGUGUGUGUGUGUGUGUGUGUGUAGUGGUGUUGGCACGCAUAUAUAAAAUGCUGUAGCAUACUCCAUUACCUUAAACAUUGUACAGUCAUGGGAGAAUUGAUCAAACGUGUUGAUAUUCAAUUGAUUCAGAUCUUUUUGUGUCUUAAUUAUGCACAUAUAUUUUACAUUCUCACUAAAGUUUUUCAAUGAAAUUUAUAUCAGAAUCCCUAUGAAGUAUGCAGGCUAUAAUAUUUAUAUGAUCAGAUACAAAGGCUAUAUUUAUAUAAGAUAUGAUUCUUAACUAUUAGUUGUAUCUUUCUACAGUAAUUUAUAUGGUAAGAACAUAAAAGAGGAAAAAAAGUAAUGCAUAUAGUUGAGUGCAUUACUUGAGUAUAAGUUUUCACCCCCCCCCCCUACCCCACCCCAUUUCACAGGGUUUUGUAUGGAAACAAAAAUGAAAUUAUUUAAGUUUAUCUGGAUCAUGAACAAACAUACAAAGAAAUAGUCAAAACAAACAAACAAAUGAACAAAUAAACAAACUUCCAUGAAGAAGAUGAAAAAUAUAGCUAUGUUUCUGAAUUAGCAUCAAAUUUUUUUACUUCAUCUCUCAAUUAAUCAGUGAACCAAUCAACCAAAUUACACUGUAAAUAAUUUGUAUGAGGUUAAAUAUGUAUGUAAAAUGAACAAUGUAACAGAAAUAAGAGAAAAGGUCCAGAUGCUGCUGAGAAGAAAUGAAAAAAGAAGAGGCAGAUAUACAGGAAAAGUUAGAAAAGUAUACUGCUUUUUAGUUCUUAAUUGAUAUAAUUAAAUUUUUUUAUUAUUAAUAUCUAUUAACACACAGUACACUAAUAACCUUCUGUUCUCACUCGUAACCUUAAAGAUCUAUAAAACAGAACACGUAUACAAAUGUAUAGAAAUCACAUUCAUUACUUUUGUCCUGAGGGUGUACAAACUUUUGCAACUUUGGUUAAUUCACUUCACAUCAUGGGUCUUUAGUGAGUCUUGUGUAUAAAAUGUACACUGCAGUUCACCUUUAUGUGUGCAUUACAUUCUUAAUAAUAAGUAAGAAUAAGUUAACAUUAUUAUAAAGAAGUAGUAUUAUCACAGUCUUUUGAAUUCAUCCAUGUUUAUAAGUAGUAACUGGGGAUCCUGGGAGCGUGAGCGAGUAUUUAAGUGUCUGUGCUAACAAUAUUGUGCAUGUUGAAUAUCUCAGUCUAUCAUGUAACCUGUUUUCAGCCUAUGCUAAUUUAUUUCUAAUGCAAAAAAAUGCAAAAAAAAAAAAAAAAAUUCUGCGGAAUGAAACGUAAUGUUUUGUCCAGACUGAAUAAAAUUAGCAUCUAUUCUGUCAGAACAUUUAAACCGUUUUAGCGCAAAGGUUGUCUGAUUUUUUUUUUCUGGAAAAACCCAGGAGAAAUGUUAAAGGUGGAUUCGAUUUAAAUUAGAUUUAAAUUGCACUUGAAAUGCAUCAUCUCACCCUCUAACGGUUUACGAUUUCAGCCGCAUUCUUGACCCGCUGCUCAGAAAGCGAAAGAUCUUCGGCUGGAUUUUCUUUGCACAGAGUCCAAUAAAAGCAUUCGAUAGAGUCAGGUCUUGGUUAAUGAUCAGCAGCUGGUCCCUGAACAUGCUUAUUGAGGUUUGACUGUGGAGUACAAACUUCACCUUCCUUUAACUUUUAGUAUUUAGGAUUUAACACCACAGACUAAAGCUAUGUUAGUGCUAUACCUUUAUAUGGUCAUCGAACCUCCAGGAUAAAACACUGCACUGUUGUUAAUAUAGAAUAUAUGUACUAUUCUAAGUGUCCUCUAUUCAUAUCAGCCCUUAUAAUGUCUUAUUUAGAGGCAGAGGUAGCUCAAGUGGUUAAGGCUCUGGGUUGGUGAUUAGGAUUCAAGCCCCAGCACCGCCAAGCUGCCACUGUUGGUCCCCUGAGCAAGGCCUCUAACCCCUUCUUCGCUCCAGGGGUGCUGUAUCAUGGCUGACCCUGUGCUCUGACCCCAACUGCCAAAGUUGGGAUAUGCAAAGAAAGAACUUCAGUGUGCAGUAAUGUGUAUGUGACAAUAAUUAAGGCUUAAGUUUAUAGGAUUGAACACACAUCUAUACACCUGUACUUUUAUCUAUCUAUCUAUCUAUCUAUCUAUAUAUAUAUAUAUACAAUAGGAUGAACCCUAUGAAGUAAAAAACACCUGAAAGCACCUGGUAAGAUAGAGAGUGUGCAGUCUGUUCCUGAAGGUGAAGUUUUUGAAGGUGGAAUAAGCAUAAGGGUUGUGAUGGCUAGAUGACUGGAUCUCCAAAACAGCAGGUCUUGUGAGGUGUUCUUGGUAUGCACUGGUUAGAUCAUACAAAAGGGCUUCAAGGGAGGACAACCAGUGAACCAGGGACAGGAUCAUGAGCGCUCACUGAUGCAUGUGGGGAGUGAAGACCAGCUCGUCUGAACUGGACCAUGGAGCAAGGAAAGAAGGUGGUCUGGUCUAAUUAAUCUUGUUUUCUUUACCUUAGGAAGAGAUGGCACCAGGAUGCACUAUAGGAAGAAGGUGAGCCAGUGGAGGCAGUUUGAUGAUCUGGGAAGUGUUCUGUUGGGAAACCUUGGGUCCUUCAUUCAUGUACUGUAGAUGUUACAUUGACAUGUACAACCUACAUAAACGUCUCAGCAGACCAAGUACACUGCUUCACGGCAACAAUAUACUCUAAUGUCAGUGGCUUCUUUUAGCAGGACAAAGUGGUAGCUUAGUGGUUAAGGUGUUGGACUUGUCAUCAGAAUGUUGUGAGUCUGAAUCCCAGGUCCAGAUCCUCCAAGCUGCCACUGCUGGGCCCCUGAGCAAGGCUCAAAUGAAAUACCUGACACACUGCAAACAUUGCUCAGGAAUGGUUUGAGGAGCAUGCUGUUGACUUGGCCUCUGAAUUCAGAUCACAAUCUGAUCAAGCAUCUGUGGCAUGUACCAGACAAACAAGUCCAAUCCAUGGAGACUCCAACUCUCCACUUACAGUACCUAAUGCACCUGCUGCUAACGUCUUGGUGCCAGAUACCAUAAAUUCAUACAUGUAUACGCUUGAUGUGUAAUGAUUAUAAUAUCCAAGUCAUGAAAUGAACUUCUUUUGCAGACAUACAAAUACAGCACCAUUGUGAUUAUACUUGGCUACUUCCAAUUUCUGUCUAGCACUGGAUUUAAACUCUGUCUGGAAAAGUGGCCGGGAUUUAGUGAAAAAAAGGAGAAGUAUAAAAGACUCUGGUAGACUAAAUGAAACAGUUUCCUCAGUGUUUAAACAAGACAUCAGAAAGACCGUACUCACGAGCGUACCUGGGUUUUUUCCCCCAGCAUUCUAAUAUAUCCAUUUAUUUCUAGUGUUAAAACGAGAUUACUCCCUGAAUGAGACAGCAGGCUGGAUUGGGUCAGAACGUGACUAACAACCCCUGAUUGUGUGAGCUAAUACACCGAUUUUUUGUCUGCACUCUGAAUUAAAAGCAGGUGUGAAACGCUUUCGGCUCCAGAUGUUUUAUAUCCAAGAUCAAAUGAGAUCAGAAAAGUAACCAGACCCAAAAAAUGCACAACUAGCCCGAAAGGAUAGAAAAGAAAAAUACACACUGUCAUAGACAUUCAGCAGGUCUGUAGAUCAAACUCUUCUCACAUGAUUAAUGCUGAUGACAUCACCAGGCUUUUGCAAUUCUUGAUUUUGAUUAGUCAGAUGUUGCUUCAUUUUAGAGGCAGUGCUAGCUCAAGUGGUUAAGUCUCUGGGUUGUUGAUCAGAGGAUCCGGGUUCAAGCACAGCACUGCCAAGCUGCACUGUUUGGGCCCCUGAGCAAGACCCCU